AUUUAAUACAUUAAAAUAUUCAUUUUUAGGGAAACGACAUCGUGUACCUCUUCUCCCUCCUCCCCAGUUCGCCUCUACUCAUAGGGUUUAAGAUUUAUGCUUUCUCUUCCCGGCUUUAAGAGCCAAACAAACAAACAUCCCCAGCUAAGCUACAUCCCAUGAAUGAUAAAAAACAGUUUCAAAUUCUUCUCUCAGCUGAAGAAGAAGAAGAAAGCCUCGAAUAAUCUCCCAAACCCCAUUUCUUACAAAAGUCUCUCAGACUCAAACUUUGAUUCUGUCCUCGAAUUUUCUCAUUCGAGGAAAACUUCAGAGUACCCGAACCCCUUUUCCUUCAACAAGCUUCUCCACAAGCUCACAUCUUCCGACUGCCGAUCGCUCUUUAAGCUACUGUCUUUCUUUCUCUCCAAAGGGUACACCCCUCACCCUUCUUCUUUCAAUUCAAGCAUCUCCUUUUUAUAUAAGUUGGGACUUUCUGAUUAUGCUCAAAAGCUUGUAAAUUUCAUGCCUUUGUAUGGGUGUGAGCCUGAUAUUGCAACUUAUAAUUCUUUGAUUGAUGGGUAUUUUAAAUGUGGCGAUGUAGUUAAGGCUUGUCUGGUUUUGGAUGAAAUUAGGGUAGGUAAAUGUAAGCCUGAUUUGGUUACUUUUAUUGUGUUGUUUAAUGGGUUUUCUAAGAUGGGGAGGAAGAAAAAGGUUUUUGUUUAUAUGGAUUUGAUGUGGAAAUGCUGUUUGCCAAACGUGGUUACAUAUAGUACGUGGAUCGAUAUGUUCUGCAAAUUAGGGGAUUUGAAGACGGGGUUUAAGGUGUUUGGGGACAUGAAGAAAGACAGGGUGUUGAAUUCCAUUGUGUUUACUUGUUUGAUUGAUAGGUGUUGUAAGGUUGGGGAUUUUGAGGUCGCGUUUGAAUUGUAUAGGGAAAUGAAAUGGGCUAAUAUUGCAGUGAAUGUGGUUUCUUAUACCGCACUCAUUGAUGAUCUUUGCAAGAAGGGAAUGCUGGAAAGGGCUGAGUGCUUCAUUGAUGAUCUUUGCAAGAAGGGAAUGCUGGAAAGGGCUGAGUGCUUGUUUUCGAGAAUGUUGAAGGAUAAGGUUAAGCCUAAUUCUGUUGUUUAUACUUCUAUCAUUGAUGGGCGUUUCAAAAACAAUGUCAGUGAUUCCCUGAAAUAUUUGGGUAAGAUGUGUUCUCAAGGGAUCAAGUUUGAUGUGGCAGCAUAUGGGGUAAUCAUAGCUGGCCUUUCUAAUAGUGGUAGGUUUGACAAAGCAUCAAAAUUUGUUGGAUUGCAGCCUUAUAAGUUGUUGUUAACCAUAAUAAUGGAUGCGCAUUUCAGGGCUGGAGUGAAAGCAGCAUUGGAUGUGUAUGUGGAAUUAUUGGCACGUGGUUUUGACCCAGAUGUUGUAGUUCUUUCAAGCUUAAUGGAUGGCCUAUGCAAGCAUGGUUGUCUACACGAAGCUGAAAGUUAUUUUUGCACAGAAAAGGCUAAUGAACUAUCUUAUACUGUGCUUAUUGAUGGGUUGGCUAAGAAAGGGGAUUUCACUGACCUUAAUAGGGUUUUUAAGCAGAUAUUGGCAGGGUUCACUCCAGACAAAUAUGUAUAUACUUCUUGGAUUGCCGGUUUUUGUCAGCAAGGAAAUUUGAGGCCUUUAGACUAUCGAAUGGUUCAAGAGGGUUUUCAACCUGACCUAUUAACUUAUGGCUCUCUUAUUUUUGGUUUAGCAAAUAAGGGUUUAAUGAUUGAAGCAAAGCAAAUACUUGAGGACAUGUUGAAAAGGACAAUUACUGCUGAUGCUGCAGUUUAUGAUAUUAUGAUCAGGGGGUAUCUACAGCAGAAUAAUGAAGCUGCCAUUGCUGAUUUGCUUGAGGAAAUGAGAAAGAGAGGUUUUUCAACUGCAACAUGCAAAGUAGGUAGAGAACGUGAAUUCUAAUAACAUACAAAGCCUUCGAUUUUAUGACUUGGAUCUGAGCUUGUCUAACCAUUAUUCGAAAUUAAAAAGGAAAAAGAACCCCUCCUAUUGGGAUCGCUUAUGAUACAAUUAAACUUGAGAUGCCUUCAUCAUCAGACUCAAUACCCCAGUUUCACCUGGAUUCUGCCCAGCAGAGAUUAUAAUCCAUGCGCUUGAAAUAUAUAGAAUUCAUUUGGGAUUGCAACUGGAUGGACAGAUAAGUGCCUUGCUGGCUUAUGCGACACUGAUGAGCAAAAAGGUGAUUAGUCUGAUAUUUUGUGUCAUGGAAUGGUACACCCUUUAGUAGUCACCUGAUGUUCCAAUUUUGGGGGUUUUUAGUGGAUCUUAGCUUGCAGAAGUACAUGCCACCAUCCUGUCUUGAUGUUUCAGUUCUGAAACACGACUGGAGAAGGAACAGAAGAUACAUGCCUUUGGAAAUCAUCAUGUAUGAUGGGAAAAAAAUAUUGAUAUGUUCUAAACUCAAAACUGCAUUAAAUGUUUGGCAGCUUAAAUCUAGUAAUUGAGAAUUACUAGCAGACAUACUUCCAUCUGGUGAGCACAUGCUGUUGAUGUGGCUUACUUGAACUUUCAUGUCGGUCUUCUUGCUGGAGUUUUUAUGAUUACAGAAGAGGUCCCUCACAAUAAUUAUAUUGGUCUGCACCAGCAAAGUCAUUGUACACUCUUUCUUCUUUUAAAUUUCUGGUGGAGGAUAUCAUUCAUUAUUUUCCUAAUAUCUAUUGGUUUGUUCACCUCAAUUUCAUGUCUUGACACCUUAAGAGAAUUGGAAAAAGAAAACAAAGAGUAUUUCUUGUCAAAUAAUUAUGGACAUGUUUACAAUCCUUGUUGACACUUUUACUGAAUUUAAUACCUACUUCUGGCCUACAAGAAGGCAUCAUCAGGCAUUAGUAACCCAAUGCCAUUUUGACUGGUGUAAUAAUAUUAGUUUUAAGUGUUUAAAUAAAUCAUAAAGGUGGUAAUUGCUUUUCUUCACCUCCACAGGUUUAGAAGUAUAAUUGAUCGAG